AUGAACGCCACCCCAACGGCGCGCUCCAUAAUGUUGCGCAACCUGCCCCAUGCCUCCACCUCCGCAUCUGCAGUUUCGACGGCCACGAGCACCCUCGCACCUCGUGUGCUGCUUGCCUCCAAGCGUGUAGCUUCAGCGGCGACAACAAGAACAGGUGGUCUUUUCCCAGCAGGAGUAAGCGUAGGAUCUGUAGCCUCCUUCUCUUCCAGCGCCGCCCGGGCAGCAGAGAAAGACGCGGCAGCGCAGCAGCAACCAGUGCCCAAGACUGGUCUCCUGCGCUCAUUGCUGCAUGGCUCCGAGUCAGCCAAGGCUGAUGGGUUGACGACAACCGCAAUCUCGCACUCGACGCAAGUCGCGCGUGGCAAGUAUAUUCACGAGAUUGUGCGGCACUCGGUCCGCACGGACAAAGCGGCCGAGUACCGCAACGUUAUCGCGCACUACUACCCCAUGAUCAGCGGUCAGUCAAACAAUUUCCACUCCAAGCUGAUCGGCAGCUGGCAAGUCUGCGUCGGCGACCUGGAGACGUUUUACCAUAUCUGGCAGUACGACGGCUAUGCUGGCUACGACGCGUGCAGGGAGACGCUGUGGGAGAGCGAUGUGCUACGUGAGCUCGAGGCCAAGCUCGCGCCGUGCAUCAAGGCUCGAAGCAACUGGCUCGGACAGGAGUUCGCCUUUUGGCCAACUUCGGCCAAGGUCCACAAAGAUAAGUAUAGCAUGCGAGAGGGCAGCACAAUGUACAAUGAAAGCAAGCCGGACAAGGAUUGGAUCUUCGAGCUCCGGACGUAUCACCUCAAGCCGGGCAUGCUUCUCGAAUGGGAACAACACUGGCGCCGUGGCCUCGAAGCGCGCCGCAGAUUCGUCGAGCCAAUCGGAGCAUGGUUCGCCCAAGUUGGACAUUUGCACACUGUCAUGCACCUCUGGGCCUACCCCUCGCUCGAAGAGAGAAAGCGCACAAGGGAUGCAGCGUGGCAAGUCGAGACUUGGAACGACACCGUUAGCCAGACCGUCAAACUUGUGGACAAGAUGCAUGCGCAGAUGAUGUACCCGAUGAAGUUCUCGCCGCUCAAAUAA